AUGGAAGAUAUACUUGUUAGUGGUACUGGAAGAAUACUGCAAACACUAAUCUCUGUUGUUGGCGAAGAAAUUCGUCUUGCCUGGGGUGUCAAGGAUGAGCUGAAAAGGCUUAAAGAAACAUUGGAGAUGAUCGCCGCUAAAACAUCCGAUGCGGAAACGAAGCAGAUACACGAUGCAGAAGUUUCACUUUGGUUAAAAAAGCUUAAGGGAGCUGCUUAUGAUGCUGAGGAUGUUCUUGAUGAGUUCUCUUACCAAGCCAUGCGCAGCAAGAAAAACAAGGUAAGAGAUUUUGUUUCGUCUUCAAACCCACUUGUCUUUCAUUUUAAGAUGGCUAGUAAAAUCAAGUACAUCAACAAAAACUUAGAUCGGAUUUCAAGUGACAUGAUCAAGUUUAAGUUUCAAAGUAAUAGCGGCACCGAUAAUGCAAGUACUUGGAAACCGAAUAGACAAACAUUUCACUUUGUCGAUGAGUUAAAAAUUGUAGGAAGAGAGAAAGAUAAAUCCAACAUAAGUGAAAGAAAUGUUGGAGAACAAACUUUAUUUGCUGGUACUAAUGAUCUGUGGAACGAAAAUUUCAUGGAAUGGAAUAUACUUAAGAGUGUCUUAGACAUCGGCGCCGUUGGCAGCAGAAUUAUAGUUACCACACGUAGCCAACAAGUUGCAUUGGUGGUACACGGUUUAAUUCCUCCUUACAAUCUAGAUGUAUUAUCAGAAGCUCAAUGUUGGUCUAUUAUCGAAGGGAAAGCUUUUUCUCCGGGUGGAGCGUCGGAGACUCCAAACAUGAAAAAUAUAGGAGAGCAAAUAGCAAAAAGAUGUGGUGGUUUGCCCCUCGCAGCAGCCUUUUUAGGUGGUCUUAUGCACUCACAGAGCGAUGAAAGACAUUGGUUGUCAAUCAGAGACCACAGAAGCUUACAUACACCGAAAAAUCAAAGCGGCGGGAUCAUACCAAUAUUGAAGUUGAGCUAUGAUAAUUUAAAGUCUCAUUUGAAACAAUGUUUCUCAUACUGUUGUUUAUUUCCUAAAGACUGGAGAAUCAAUAGAGAAACCUUGAUCCGAUUAUGGAUGGCUGAAGGAUUCCUUCAUUCAUCUCAUGGAGGAAAUGAUAACUCACUAGAAGAUAUCGGUAACGAUUAUUUUUAUAGUUUGUUAUCAAAUUCUUUCUUUCAAGAUGUAGAAUAUAACAGUAUAGGUGAGAUUAAAACAUUCAAAAUGAAUAAUUUAGUACAUGAUCUUGCACAAAGUGUCAUCGGCAGUCAUGAAGCCACGAUUCUAAAUGCAAGCGAAAUGGGGAAAGAUGUAUCUGAUAUCCGCCGUCUGCUGUUAAUGACAGAAGAAGGAAUGUCAAAAACUGGUUUUAAAGUCUUGAACAAUUCGAAAAAGCUACGGACAAUUUUUUGCCAGAGAAACCCUCAUUUCUUUACAAGUUCAGUUCAUAACAAGCAUUUACGUGUUAUACAUUCGUUGUCCAGCAAUAUUAGACAAGCAAGUCCAUCUUCUGAUUUGAACUUUAUACACUUGAGGUACCUUGACCUCAAUAGGUGUAUACUUGAAAAUACUUACGCUGAUUCCAUUGGUCAACUGUAUAAUCUCCAGACUCUGAACUUCCAACUUUGUCUUAAUCUUCAAAAUAUUCUCCAAGGAAUUGGUUCCUUGAAAAACUUGCGUCAUCUCGAUAUCUCUCAUUCCGAUGCUGAAGCAUUACCUGAUUCUAUAGUUAAGCUUACCAAUUUACAGACUUUAGAUAUCAGUGGGUGUGAUAUUAGUGACUUACAUAAAAACAUCGGGCAUCUUAGAAAUCUAAUGACCUUUCAUUUUUCAUAUUCCGCAGUCACAGAAUUGCCAGAUAGCUUUGGAGCGUUGAUAAAAUUAAGGUCACUUGACUUGCGAGGUACUAAAAUAAAAAAACUGCCAGAGUCUUUGACUACCAACAGCUGCAAACUUGAGUUUGUGAAAUUUGUAGAACACUGUGAAACUCCCAAAUACAUUAAGAAUUGGGUGGAACUGAGAAGUCUUGCUUUCUACUAUAAAGAUCAAUAUUGGGCGAAUCGUUAUCGAAUAAUGCCCGGAGGUAUAGAAAUGCUAACUCGCCUCGAAGUAUUAAAGCCUUACGUGGUUAGGAAAGAAAAAGACUAUAUCGGAGGAGCCAAUAUUGAUGAUUCUAGUGGGAUCAAAGAAUUAGCAGACUUAAACUCCCUUCGAGAGUUAACUAUAACACAUCUACACAAUGUCAGAGGUGGUGGAAUAGAUGCCGGGAGGGCAAUGUUAAAAGACAAGCAAAACAUUCGAUCUUUGGAUUUACAAUGGGGAGAAGAAGGAGAAGCAGCAGCUAGUAGUAGUGGUAAUAAUUCUUUUGUGGUGUUGGAAGGUCUAAAGCCACACCAUAAUUUAAAGGAUUUGAGAAUAGAAUAUUUCGAUGGAAUAAAAUUUCCGAAGUGGAUGGGUAGCUCUUACUGCCUCCCGAAUUUGGUGCAAUUAACACUGUGGGUUUGCACUAGUUGCCAGAAGCUUCCAGCACUGGGUAUGCUCCCGUGUCUUAAAGUACUUCACAUAGUAGGAAUGAGCUCGGUGAAACGUUUGGGUGAAGAAUAUUAUUACCAACAAGAUGAAGAAGAAGUGGAAGAAAGCAGUAAUACUGUGAAAGCUACAACGGCAUUUUUUACUUCAUUGAUUGAGCUGAAAAUUGAAGAUAUAUAUAAUUUAAUUUAG